AUGGUGGUCAAGCUCACGCUACCACCGGCAGAACUACUCUCCCAGGUGGCCAAGCUAGGCUCCCUCCUCGCCCUCCUCCUUCUCGCGCUGCUGCUGCCCGCCUUCCUCAGGGUGGCCUACGGCUACCUCCUCUUCAAUGCCAUCGUCCUCGCGCUGGGCAUCCAGGCCUUCGUCGGCAGCAUAGCUUCCAUCGCUGACGAGUCCUUGAGUACCGAUCAGGCUGAGGCGCCUAUCGGCAUCACGACAUCACCAUUCCAGAGGGCUGGAUCAGUCCGUCCUGACGACCGGAUGGCGGUUGCUGAUGAUGAUCGUGUGGUGGUUCCUGCCUUUGUGGCGAGUAAUAUAAGGGAGCUGAAGAUCAAGACCAAGGGGGUGGUGCUGAAGGUGCUGAAGAAGUGCCCGUCGACGGCGAGCAUCUUCUUCCUCAGCGUGCUGAAUGGCAGCCAGGCCGGCGGAGAGGAAAAGGGACGACAAGAGGAGCAGGAUGAUUUUUAG